AUGGCUAUGGGUGCGCUGCUCGACAUCAAGCCACCCCAUUUAACAGUGAUGGCAACGGCUUGGAGAGCGGCCAUCCGCCUGCACCAAGCUGAAGAAUGGUGCCUGGCGAGCGGCGGGCACACCGAGAUCCUAAGGGAUCGGGGAUCGGAGCUAAUUCUGACCCACGGUGGUGACCGCUGCAAGACGGAGUACCUCUUCAGACGGGAAUAUGACUUAAUUAUCCCAGAUAGGGAGGAAUGGCGGGAGGACCCUAGCGGCAUCCUGACUCCGGGGGGGCUGGUCUGGUUCACAGACGGCUCCAAGACCGGGUCUGGCACCGGAGCCGGGAUAGCUGGGGAGAGCCCAAAGGUUGAAAUGACCUAUAAACUGGGCCACCACGUUACGGUCUUCCAAGCAGAAGUGUUUGCCAUAUGGGCCUACGCCAAAUAUAACUUGGAAAAAGACCAUUCGGGCAAACACAUCUACAUCUGCAGUGACAGUAUUGCUGCGCUUAGAGCCCUCCAUAGAGUGCAGGUAGGGUCUAAGCUAGUCAAGGACUGUACACUGACUUUGAGACAGCUAUCUCUGAACAACAGAGUUAAGCUGCUAUGGAUACCAGGUCACGCUGGUAUCCCAGGCCUGGCUAAGGACUGGUUACACCAGGAAUUCACCAGGCUCUGGCAUAACGCUAAUGGCAUGAGACACGCGAGGGCCCUAUUUGAGGGACCGUCACAGAAGCUGGGUGACACCCUAAUUCACCUGGACAGGGCGCGACUGCGCAUGCUCGUGGGCCUAGUGACAGGACACUGGUACACGAAGAAACACAUCGCGCGCAUGAGACUCACAGAAGAGACAGUAUGUCCGAGGUGUGAGGAAGAGGACGAAACACCUUUCCACGUACUUCUAAGAUGCAGGGAACUAAGGGCCCUAAGAGGAUCAAUCCUGGGGACCUUGGAACCCUCUUCAUUAAGCAUCUCGGGUGGCCUGGUGCCGGUGCUUCUAAAUUUUGCCACAGAAGCCCAGCUGCCAAGGCUCAGCCAGUAA